CAAGUUACAUGCUAUCGUGCACAGUAAGGAUAAUACAAAACAAACAGCACUUGAUUUGUACUUGUACAUAUUUAUUUUCACAAUUAAGAAGUGUUGAAGUCAGAAAUGGAAACAUACUCAAAAAUUUUCCUAGAUGAAAAUCAUGACAGAGUAAAGAUGGAAAUGGGAGAAGGUGCUGAUAGCUAUGAAAAAGGAAACUCAUAUGAAUUGGAUUUUCAAUACAUGACUGAUGAAGGGCAUAUUGAGGAUAAAAAGACUGAAAUCAUGGAUAUUGUUCAUCAUUACACUGAUGAGAAUGGAAUAAGAUUGUCUUUCAAAUAUGAAACAGGCGACUUUGCUUUCAACCAGAAAAGCAAUCUUGAAGGGCAAAUAGAUUCUGUUCAUUUGAAUGAAAGAGAACAUAAAUGUCACUUAUGUAAGUUUGCAGCCAAUCAGAAAAAUAACCUCAAAAUUCAUAUAGGUUCUGUCCAUUUGAACAUAAAAGAAUUGAAAUGUCACUUAUGUGAGUAUGCGGCAAGCAAGAAUGAAACCCUUCAAAAUCAUAUGGAUGCUGUCCAUUUGAAUAAAAAAGAACAUAAAUGUCACUUAUGUGAGUAUGCGGCAAGCAAGAAUGAAACCCUUCAAAAUCAUAUGGAUGCUGUCCAUUUGAAUAAAAAAGAACAUAAAUGUCACUUAUGUGAUUAUGCAUCCAACCGGAAAGUUGACCUCAAACUUCAUAUUGAUUCUAUCCAUUUGAAUAAAAAAGAACAUAAAUGUCACUUAUGUAAUUAUGCAGCCAACCGGAAAGCUUAUCUCAAAAAGCAUAUAGAUAAUAUCCAUUUGAAUAAAAGAAAACAUAAAUGUCACUUAUGUAAUUAUGCAGCCAAUCAUAAAUGUUAUCUUGAACAGCAUAUAGAUUCUGUCCAUUUGAACAUAAAAGAAUUUAAAUGUCACUUAUGUGAGUAUGCUGCAAGCAAGAAAGAAACCCUUCAAAAUCAUAUAGAUUCUGUCCAUUUGAAUAAAAAAGAACAUAAAUGUCACUUAUGUAAUUAUGCAGCCAACUGGAAAGCUUCUCUCAAAAAGCAUAUAGAUUAUAUCCAUUUGAACAUAAAACAAUUUAAAUGUCACUUAUGUGAGUAUGCUGCAAGCACAAAAAUAACCCUUCAAAAUCAUAUAGAUGCUGUUCAUUUGAAUAAAAGAAAACAUAAAUGUCACUUAUGUAGUUAUGCAGCCAAUUGUAAAUCUUAUCUCGAAAAGCAUAUGGAUUCUGUCCAUUUGAACAUAAAAGAAUUUAAAUGUCACUUAUGUGAGUAUGCUGCAAGCAAGAAAGAAACCCUUCGAAAUCAUAUAAAUUCUGUCCAUUUGAAUAAAAAAGAACAUAAAUGUCACUUAUGUAAUUAUGCAGCCAACCGGAAAGCUUAUCUCAAAAAGCAUAUAGAUUAUAUCCAUUUGAACAUAAAACAAUUUAAAUGUCACUUAUGUGAGUAUGCUGUAAGCACAAAAAUAAGCCUUCAAAAUCAUAUAGAUGCUAUUCAUUUGAAUAAAAGAAAACAUAAAUAGCACUUAUGCAAUUAUGCAGCCAAUCAUAAAUCUUAUCUCGAAAAGCAUAUAGAUUCUGUCCAUUUGAACAUAAAAGAAUUUAAAUGUCACUUUUGUGAGUAUGCUACAAGCAAGAAAGAAACCCUUCGAAAUCAUAUAGAUUCUGUCCAUUUGAAUGAAAAAGAACAUAAAUGUUACUUAUGUAAUUAUGCAGCCAAUCAUAAACCUCAUCUCAAAAAGCAUAUAGAUGCUGUCCAUUUGAAUAAAAGAGAAUUUAAAUGUCACUUAUGUGAUUAUGCAGCCAACCGGAAAGAUCACCUCAAAAAGCAUAUAGAUUCUGUCCAUUUGAACAUAAAGAAUUACUAAUGUGAGUAUGCUGCAAGCACGAAAAUAACCCUUCAAAAUCAUAUAGAUGCUGUUCAUUUGAAUAAAAGAAAACAUAAAUGUCACUUAUGUGAUUAUGCAUCCAACCGGAAAGAAUACCUCAAAAUCAUAUGGAUUCUGUUCAUUUAAAUAAAAAAGAACAUAAAUGUCACUUAUGUGAUUAUGCAUCCAACCGGAAAGAAUACCUCAAAAUUCAUGUGGAUUCUGUU